CACUGAUGGACACUGACAGGUGGCACUGCUUGGGGCUACACUGAUCAUCAGGGCACACUGAUCAUCAGUGCUCUGAUGAUCAGUGCACAUGUCCCCUCCGAGGAAUGCCGAUUACCGGCUCUCCUCUCCUCACGAGCUGUCAGCUGCCAAUCAGUGCCGUCUAUUAGUGUGCAUCAGUGCCACCUAUCAGUGCCAUCAAUCAGUGCUGCCUAUCAGUGUCAUAAAUGAGUGCUGCCUAUCAGUGCCCAUCAGUGAUGCCUGUCAAUGCCCAGUGCCAACUAUCAGUGUCCAUCAGUGC